CAAUUUUAAGAUGGCGGCGGCGGCGGCGCGGAAAACAAUGGGGCCGGGGCGGAGGGGACAGGCCAAGGCCUGAGGUGGCAGCGAAGGCCGGUCCGGGGUUGGGCAGAAGGAAGAUCCGCCGCCGCGCGCGAGUCCGCUCCGCGGCCCGUGGGGGCAUGGCGCGGCCGUGAGGCGUACCGGAGAGCGAAGCCCACAGUGCCAGCCGGCCCCGAGAGGCCCGGCCCCGUGCCUGGCCCGUGCAGCUCGCGGCCCAUGGUGCUGCCCACUUGCCCCAUGGCGGAGUUCGCGCUGCCGCGGCACAGCGCGGUCAUGGAGCGCCUCCGCCGGCGCAUAGAGCUGUGCCGGCGCCACCACAGCACCUGCGAGGCCCGCUACGAGGCCGUGUCGCCUGAGCGCCUGGAGCUCGAGCGCCAGCACACCUUCGCCCUGCACCAGCGCUGCAUCCAGGCCAAGGCCAAGCGUGCCGGCAAGCACCGGCAGCCGCCGGCCACGGCACCAGCCCCGGCGCCCGCUCCGGCCCCAGCGCCAGCCGCACCAGCCCCGGCCCAGCGCCUGGACGCUGCCGACGGCCCCGAGCACGGCCGUCCGGUCGCGCAUCUUCAUGAUACAGUGAAGAGGAAUCUUGACAGUGCUGCCUCCCCUCAGAAUGGUGAUCAACAAAAUGGCUAUGGAGAUCUCUUUCCUGGGCAUAAGAAGACCCGCAGGGAGGCCCCUCUGGGCAUAGCUGUGUCUACCAAUGGGCUGCCUCCAGCCUCACCCCUUGGUCCACCUGACAAUACUGGGGGCGAUUCCCUGCAGUCCAGUGGAAAGCAUUCCCUGGGGCUCGACUCCAUCAACAAAAAGUGUCUUGCAGACUCCAGCCUCCACUUGAAUGGAGGCAGCAACCCUGGUGAGUCAUUUCCUCUGAGCCUGAAUAAAGAACUGAAGCAGGAACCUGUUGAUGACCUGCCCUGCAUGAUUGCUGGGGCUGGGGGUUCUAUAUCACAGAGCAACCUCAUGCCUGACCUUAACCUUAACGAGCAGGAGUGGAAGGAGCUUAUCGAGGAGCUAAACAGGUCAGUGCCUGAUGAAGACAUGAAGGACCUGUUUACAGAGGACUUUGAGGAAAAGAAAGAUCCAGAGCCUUCUGCCUCUGCCACCCAAACCCCCUUGGCCCAAGACAUUAAUAUUAAGACAGAAUUCUCUCCAGCAGCCUUUGAACAAGAACAGUUAGGCUCUCCACAAGUCAGGACUGGUUCUGCAGGACAGACCUUUCUGGGGCCAUCAUCUGCCCCUGUUAGCACAGAUUCCCCCAGCCUUGGAGGUCCUCAGACACUGUUUCAUACCUCUGGUCAACCUGUGGCAGACAAUCCCAGUUCUAACCUGAUGCCGGCAUCAGCCCAAGCCCAGAAUGCACAAAGGGCCCUUCCAAGUGUGGUAUUGCCUAGCCAGGGCCCAGGAGGGGCCUCAGAGCUGUCUUCUGCCCACCAGCUCCAGCAGAUUGCUGCCAAGCAGAAGCGCGAGCAAAUGCUCCAGAACCCACAGCAGGCCACCCCAGCAUCCACCCCAGGCCAGAUGUCCACAUGGCAGCAGACGGGACCUUCCCACAGUCCCUUAGAUGUCCCUUAUGCCAUGGAGAAACCUGCCAGCCCUUCCAGCUACAAGCAAGACUUCUCCAACCCCAAACUGCUCAUGAUGCCUAGUGUAAACAAGAGUUCCCCUCGGCCUGGAGGUGCCUACCUCCAGUCAGGCCAUGUGAACCUGCUAAGUCACCAGCCACUGGGUAACUUGAAUCAGAACUCAGUGAAUAACCAAGGUUCAAUGCUAGACUACGGCAAUACAAAACCCCUUUCUCAUUACAAAGCGGACUGUGGGCAAGGUGGUCCUGGGUCUGGCCAGAGCAAGCCAGCUUUGAUGGCCUAUCUUCCUCAGCAGCUGCCUCAUCUGAAUAAUGAGCAGAACUCCUUGUUUACUUCAAUGAAACCAAAGCCCGGAAAUAUGCCCUUCCGAUCACUAGUUCAACCUGGCCAGGAGCAGAACCCUUCCAGCAUCCCUGUGCCAGCCCAGGCUGCCAGCGUGGGGACCCAGCCACCUGCUGUGUCCGUGGCCAACACUCACAACAGCUCCCCCUAUCUCAGCAGCCAGCAGCAGGCAGCUGUAAUGAAACAGCAUCAAUUGCUUUUGGACCAACAGAAGAGGGAGCAGCAGCAAAAACAUUUGCAGCAACAACAGUUUCUGCAGAGGCAGCAGCAGCACCUUCUGGCAGAACAGGAGAAGCAGCAGUUUCAGCGCCAUUUGACCCGCCCACCCCCCCAGUACCAAGACCCAACACAAAGCACCUUCCCACAGCAGGUUGGACAGUUCACAGGAUCCUCUGCUACUGUGCCUGGCAUGAACAACUUGGGUUCGUCCAACUCCAGCUGUCCUCGAGUGUUCCCUCAGCCUGGGAAUCUAAUGCCAAUGGGCCCUGGACAUGCUUCAGUUUCUUCUCUCCCCUCAAACUCAGGCCAGCAGGACAGGGGUGUGGCCCAGUUCACGGGCUCUCAGAGCGUGACUCAGAGCAGUCUCUAUGGUAUGGCCUCUGGCAUAACCCAGAUGGUUGCCCAGCCCCCACCACAGGCCACCAAUGGACACACCCACAUUCCAAGGCAGACCAGCGUGGGCCAGAACACCUCAGUUUCAGCUGCUUAUGGACAGAACUCCCUGGGGAGCUCCAGUCUCUCCCAGCAACACAAUAAGGGGACCCUGACCUCUGGUUUAACUAAGCCACAAGUCCCAAGGGUGUCAGCGUCCAUAGGAGGCCAAAAUGCCUCCUGGCAACAUCAGGGAAUGCCGAACCUGAACAGCCAGACUCCAGGGAACAGCAAUGUAAGUCCUUUCACUGCAGCCUCCAGUUUCCACAUGCAACAGGCCCACCUGAAAAUGUCCAGUCCACAGUUCUCCCAGGCAAUGCCCAGCAGGCCCAUGGCCCCCAUGAGCUCAGCAGCUGCAGCAGGGUCCAUGCUGCCCCCAGUGAGCACACAGCAAAGGACCAACGCCCCAGCCCCUGCACCCCCCCAGGCAGCCCCACAGCAGGGCUUGCCCAGCCUGAACCCUGCAGGGCCUGAGCUAGGGGCCUUCAGCCAAAGCCCUGCCUCACAGAUGAGCAGCCGGGCGGGACUGCACUGCACCCAGGCCUACCCUGGGCGGACCGUGGGCCAGGAGCUGCCCUUUACCUACAGUGGGCAGCCAAGCAGCAGUGGGCUAUCCAGUGUGGCUGGGCACACCGACCUGAUCGACUCCCUGCUGAAAAACAGGACUUCUGAGGAGUGGAUGAAUGAUUUGGAUGACCUUCUAGGGUCACAUUAAUGGAGGAAUUUAUGGUGUUUUUAGUGUUCACACAUCCUAUAUUUUUGUUCUCAGAUGCAAGAAAGAGCAACUACUUUGGACCAAAAGCCCAUGGCCCAGGGAACCCUGCAAGGCAGAGCCUAAGCUGUGGCCGAGGCCAGCCCUGGUCAGGAUAUUUGGGGCUCCCAGGCCAGCAGUCGCAGUCCUUUGGGCUGACCCCCGCUCUUCUGCUGGCAUGACUGCCCGGUGUUGGGACAGCAGGAUAGGAUUCUAAAGGUGGUUUCCUAUUCAAAUGACCAAAAAAAAAAAAAAAAAAAA